AUGGGAGCGGCUCAGUCCAAUGAGCAUGGUGCAUCCACACCAGAGGAAUUAAGCUACGUGCUCGCCGAGCGCUUCGCUAUGAAAUGCUUCACACCAUUAGAACUCACGCAUUUCAAAGAUAACUUCUUCUCCCGUGCCGCUGAACAAGGUGGUCUGCGAUACUGGAAUGAACAGACUCUGUCCGCCUUCUUGGCCAUCCCAGAUUCCCAAGAUUUAUUCUUAGAUCCAGGCCCAGUUAUCUUCCGUAUGCUGUCAUACCUAGGCAGUUUUCCAUUUCAGAAUACUCUUGCGCCUACUGUUCUGACGUUCGAGGCUAUGGUUAAGGUGGUUGUGCUUCUCACGGAGCGUUACGGGAAAGUGCUUAAGCGGGGUCGGAAAGACCGCAUCAAGUUGAUUUUUGGUUCUUUGGCUGAUGUUGCAAGACGAACGCCUGUUUCUGCUGCUUCCAAGGAGGAUGAUACUCAUGGAGACACCACAACUGAGGAUGCUCAAUCGGCUCCUGUCCAAUCUCAUUCGUUGGGUUUCUCGAUAGAUGAACCCGUGAACGAUGAAUAUGAUGAAGACGAGGAUGAUGAUCUUGCUCUUGCGGCAUUGGAGUCUCUCGAUGCCAUUGAGGUUUUCAAACAUGAUCACCGGGUCGAUAAGACAGUUUAUGAAACUGGAAUUUCUAUUGAUACCUUCCGCCGGUUGCUUAUGCUGUUGCUUGUCAUUGCACCGCUCAACCCGCUCGAGUCUGUCAAGAUCUAUACAUCUGACUUUGAUGGUGGGCGUAUGGAAGCCAUUCGAAAAGAGGCAGACCACAUCAUUGCGGCUUUUUCACCCGAGGAACGAGAUGUUGGUAUAUCAUACAAAUCUUUCGCUAGAACGAUAUCACUAUCUCUGCCAUAUCUCUUCGAUCCACUGACUGCACUGUUUGAGCAUAUGCUUUUUAGCAAGAACUUGGAUCUCUCUCAACGCCGACAGAGGGGCCUUGCUGUCGAGACAGAGCAAGAGGAUAUCGAGAAGCACGACGAGCCACUCCCUCCACCAGCCUCAAUCACACUCCCCGGCAGCUUCGAGUCAGCAAUCCUGAACCCAACUGUUGUAUCCCAUCUCUCAUUCUUCCUGCCGACAACAUCAGCAAGUCUGAACCUCUUCCGCAGCGGUAUAAAACUACACCCCGUCUUCUCAACGAACGCUCACGGUUCAUCUUUAACCUCCUUCUCCCACCACGUCAUGACCUGGCAAUCCGCAACCCUCCUCAUCCUCCAAGGAAACAAAGAAGGAUCCUCAGACGAAAACCCAAUAACACUAGGCGCCUACAUCCCCCAAACUUGGAAAUCUCCAUCCUCAAGCACAUCCCAAUCCUCCAGCACAAAAGCCGACGCCCUGCCCUGCCUCUUCCAACUCUCCCCAAAGCACACCCUCCUCCCGGGAAACCCAUCCCAAGCCCAAACAACCCAAAACACCCCAAUAGCCUACUUCUCCACCCAAACCGGAAUAGCCCUGGGCUGCCAAAUCCCCCCUCCAUCCCGGAGCAACAAAGCAGACCCCAAGCCCCACGGCGCAGGUUCUCUCCUCAUAGACUCAAAUAUGGAAACAGCAACCUUCCACACUGAGCCUGUCGGUCACGAUGGCGUCUUCCUUCCACCACCAUCAUCAAAUGCGUUCACACAAGACGCACCGAGGACGCUUAAACUAGAUCUGUGGACCCUUGAAAUCUGGGGCAUUGUUCCCAAUCCCGAAGAUGCAUUUUCUACUGAGCCUGGGUCUAGUGCUGUGGAGAUGCAGCGUGCUAAGUGGGAGUUCGAGGCGAGAGAGGCGGAGCGGAGGAGGAACAUUAAUCUGAAGGCUGGGGCUGGCGAUUCUGCUGCUGAGAGUGCUAGGUGGUUACUUGAGGCUGCUGGUAUUGUUGGGGAUCAGGGGAGACAUUCUGGUGGGAGCGUUUGA